AUUCCAGGAGAUAUGCCUUGGCAAGUCGCGGCAUCAAACCAGCCGAUCAUUGAGAAUCAAAUCCCAAGGUGCUUCGGAAGACGCUCGCUAUAUCAGUUCAGCCUCAUCCGUCCAAUUAUCAACCACAAGUCUGAGUCUUCCUGACUCUCCAGAGUCCGACCAUGUCUGAAAAGAAAGCCCCAACAAAACGGAGAAGCAGGGCUACAGUCAAAGCUGAAGAAGGCGGAGACGACUCGCCAGGUUUACCACAACCGACUACAAGUGCUAGUACUAGCUCUCGGAAAAGAAAAGCUGUCAAUCCUCUACCAAGGGAGCUGCUAGCACCCGUCACUCACAUGCAAGACCUAAACGCAGCUAGAGAAGAACGACGGUCAGAACUCGUACCAGUACCUCAUAUCCUCGAACGUCAGCGCUCUCGCCGUGCACAUUCCUUCCAUCCAUCAGAUCCCCCAUUUCGUCGUACGCCCGCUGACUUACGCUCGACGCGAAAACCUAGCGUAUCGAACAUCGCCCCACGACCACCGCGAUCCCGGCGAUCAAGCAUGCCAGGUCCAGAGCGCAACAUGCUACAGCAUGCGUGGCAUACUGUCAUGACCACCGAUCCCCUCGUUGACUCGGAUGAGGAAUGUCAUGAUAGUCACGUUCGAACAGACUAUGUCAAGAGGAUGCAAGUCAUUUCUCGCCUAAGAGGCAGGCCACCAACUCCAGAAGGAGAAGAACCUGCAUAUGCAACUCCAAUGACCGGGCGGCCAUCACACUUUGAGGCUCACGCAGGGCGUCUCCCCUCUGUAUUCUGAACACUCGGAAUUGUUACGGACUACAUG